AUGGUUGCACCAGAGAAGCUUUGUUUCCCAUUGACUCCGUUGUUAAACGAGUCGUGUGUAUCUGGAGUUUUGUUGUGUGAUGACACAUACUUGCUUAGAAUGGGAUUUACUUUCUCUUUUCGAUCCUUGGCUGGUUCGGUUUCCUCCUUUGACUUUGCUACCCCAACCAAAGAAAUUCAAUGGAUGGGUUCGGUCUUCACUGGCAUCAUCUUAUGUGUUAUUGUUUAUAGAUUGACUGCUAUUUUGAGUUCUCUGUUGUUCAUGGGAUAUGGCAAAUUGAGUAGUGCAGAGAAAAUUGAAUGGAAUAACAGGGGAUUCUCAACAGUUCAUGCUCUGUUUGCAUCAUUUUCGUCAUUUUACCUUGUGAUGUUAUCAGAUAUCUUCAAUAAGGAUUCACAAGAAGAACUUGUUGUUAAUAGAUCAUCCACUUUCUCAAAUUCGGUACUGGGGAUUUCUAUAGGUUAUUUUCUAGCAGAUCUGGCAAUGAUUCUUCGGCAUUUUCCAGCUUUAGGUGGUCUGGAAUACGUUUUACACCACGGGCUGUCCAUGUUUUCAAUUAUCCAAUCUUUGCUAAGUGGUCAAGGACAGAUCUACAUCCUAAUGGUUCUUUUCUCUGAGAGCACAACUCCUUUUGUAAAUCUAAGAUGGCACUUGGACAUUGCUGGUCUUAAGAGCUCCAAACUUUACGUAUGGAAUGGCAUUGCAUUGUUCUUCGGGUGGUUGAUUGCAAGGAUUUUCCUAUUUAUUUUCUUUUUUAUCCAUAUGUGGACCAAUUUUGAUGAGGUCAAAGAGAUCUUCCCGUUGGGUUUUUACAGCUUGCUUGUGGUGCCUCCUGUAUUGACAAUGAUGAAUUUGUUUUGGUUUUGGAAGAUUGCCAAGGGUUUGGUCAAAACUCUUUCAAAAGCAAAACAUAGCAAGUGA